CUCCUCCAUUACGUUCUUGAACAUUUUCAUACAUUUGAAAUGUUAAUUUCCCUGCAUUCAUUACCGUCUCGUAUUCGUCAGCGGAACUGAGGAUGAGCAGCCCUGCAAACACACCCAAACCAGCUGACCCCUUUCACACUUUAUGGAUGCAACUACGGGAAUGCCAACAAAAAGGACUUCAGGAACUUGAGGAAAAAGUGUGCAAGUUGAAAAACGAACGCCGUCUAGAUGCAGAGAGUCUUCAACUGUUUUAUACACAUAACCAGGAGCUGAAAGAACAAAUCAAAACUCUACAGGAUGCCAGUAGUCUCUUGGAGGAUAGGCUGCGAACAAAAGAAUGCGAUCGAUGUGCAAUCUUGGAGGAAAACUUGAAAAAAUGCCAAGACCACAGCGAGUGGAUCCUCACCAAACUGACGUAUGAAAGAAAGCGCCUAGAGGACGAAAACCGCAAACUUCACACCGAGCUGCAAAUAUUACAGAGGUGCUCCGAACCGCAGGUGGCCCUCUCCCCAGAACAUGAAGAUGGCGUCAUCCCAGACUCGCCAGUCCUGGCCAGCUCGCUUCCCGUAGCAAACAAACUGAAGAAACGUAAAUACAUGGACAACAGCAAACAUGUUCACUAUGCAGAGGAGCCGUCAAUCAAGUUCAACAGAUCACUUUUCAAAGAUAAAGAAUCAAGUGACACUACAAAAAACACUAAAAGAACACAAGUGCUUGUUCAUAACACAUGUGAAAUGGAAACAUCCCAGAUUUUCGGAGAGGAGGAGAUUGGAGGAGAAGUGAUAGCAGAAACUUGUGGCCUUGAACUUGUCAACACAUCUCAUAUGAAAAACGCAGCUGCAGGUCAGCGUUACAGCUCAAAAUUGCCCUUGUCUAAUGUUUGUCUAAAGCCUCGUCGUAUCUCUUCACCGUCCACACCCAUCUACAGUCCAGACUCGACCACAGCAAAGUCAACAUGUCUUCGUCCUCACGGUGAAAAGUUGAAUGAUAUUGACUCUCUCGUGAAAGUACAAUCGAAGAAGGGAGAUGAUGAUGAUCCAAAAGGGCUGGAGGAGGGCAAAACGUGCGACUACGGAAAUGGGAAGAAAUUGGACACCAAAGUGGUUCUCAACCAAACACCAGGUGUUGACUGUGGAAGUCCCGCUUUCAAGAAGCCUGACAUGGGACCUAAAGCUCACCACAAACAAAAGCACCUUCAGUUCCACAAUGCUUCACACAAACGAGCUCAUCCAGAUGAUGCAGUAAGGAAGCAAAGAGUGGAGAACAUGUGGAGCAUUGACCCCGCGUUUGCCCUUUCGAUGUAUGAAAGUGAGCAAGGUGCAGAUGAGCACUUUGAAGAAUUACUUGAUAGCGACUACACUUUGAUCAGUCACAGCUUGCCCCAAGGUCAUGUUGAAGAAGAUCAGCACGAACACAGUGUGUCAGGAAUUGGUGACAAGGCGAACGACAGUCUGGAUCGAUUGUUUGACACUACUGCCCAUGACGAGUACAUAUCUUACAACAGUUCAAAAGUUGCCAAUCAUCCCUCUGAGGAUGAUGAUGAGGAGGAAGAUGAACACGAGUCUCCAGAAAACUCUCCACGAGUGCGCAAAAUGCAACACCCAACGUUUGCACAUGUGGCAGUGGUCCGCAAGAAAGACGAGAGAAGAAAACUGAAAGGCACCACUUGCAAAGAAUGUGAAGUUUAUUACACCCAUCUCCCAGAGGAGGAGAAACAGAGGAAGUUGUCCGAAUGCUCUCGGCAUCGCCAUCGCUUCAUUCCUCCCAGCACUCCGGAGAACUUCUGGGAAGUCGGAUUCCCAUCAACUCAGACAUGCAUCGAAAGAGGUUAUAUAAAGGAGGAGAAGAUCCCACAGUCUCGUUUAAGGAGAAAACAGCCUUUCACUGCUCUCUUCUCUCCCAAGAGUAGCCAGCAGGAGAGCUAAGCACAAAACUAGUUAGUGUCAAAACUCCACCAAGGAACUCAAUGUAGUUCUCGUUUUGUAUGUACAGUACAUUGACUGUAUCAUUAUUAAUGAUACUCUUUACCUAUCCCCCUGUCGCACUUGCUCUACCUAUAAACUUGGGACAGGCUGAAUAAAUAAAAAAUGCCAAGUGAAAUGAAGUGUCAAUGCAUAUUUUAUUUCUUUUAUUUCAUUUAAAAAAAAAAAAAAAAAAGGUUUGGGUGUACAUUAAGGAUCGUAA